CGCUAUUCGGUCACACUUUUGCAGCCCUUUCGAAAAUCGCAUAUUAUAAAUUUGCGCUUAAGCAUGAUUAGCCGCGAUCAUAAGCACUCCACAGACAGCGAAGCACUGUGGGCCCAAGUCAGGGCUCCUGAGUUCAUGCCGGAGGAUCCGGAAGCGUUCCUCGCACUUCUGGAAUCGCGAUUCCAUGAAGCUCGGAUGACCGGGUAA